UGUCAGUCGUGAAAUUGUGUAAUGUCAUGUCAUUUGAAAUAUUGUCAAUACUUUCAUUGAGUUUAGUUCUUUGCUUGGCUCAAGCUUAAUUACUUUAUAUUUUAAUUAAUUAUUACCUACUGGUGUUUUUAAAUACCAGUAGUGAUAGACAGAUCAACUCACUUCAGAAAUAUUUUAAGUUCGUCUAACGGAUACUUUUACUUACAUUCUAAUUUACGAUACGUUGAGUGAUGUGACUUGUAGGUCCAAAGUGCGAGUGUGUAUUUGUGAUUAUUUUUUAACACAAUCUUGAAACUAUUUGUGUGAACUAUUGCUGUUACUAUGUCUUUGGAGGAUAAGUUCAAUGCUGCAGUUAACGUUAUAAGAAGUCUGCCCAAAAGCGGGUCGUACCAGCCGAGCAAUGAGUUGAUGCUAAGGUUUUACAGCUACUUCAAACAAGCCACAGAAGGGCCUUGUGAUAAACCAAAACCGGGGUUUUGGGACGUGGUAAACAGAGCUAAAUGGGAGUCAUGGAACAGACUUGGCAACAUGUCGCGCGACGAGGCGAUGAAGGCGUACGUCGAAGAAUUGCACAAGAUUGUGGAGACCAUGUCGUACAGUACCGACGUAGCGUCCUUUCUAUCGGUGGACGACAACAAUGACCUCGAGUUGGUGGCGGGCGAUGUGCUCGCGAGAGUACGUACCGACCAGGACACGCCAAACGAUUCGUCACCGUCCAGCGGUGACUCGUCUCCUGGCCGAGCGGCGUCGCCCGCGCGGACGAGACACGACUCUGAGGACGAAUUCAUCGACACCGUGGACGUUACUCUUGCUGAACCGGAACAGGUGCAGCAGAGAACUGUCCCGCGGCUGAGCAACGGCCACGCGCACCAGAUCACGUCGCAACUCACGCAUCUGAAGGUGUUGGAACAGUUACCCGGCACUCUGGCCCGGCUAGAGGCUGACGUGGCGGCUCUACGCAAAGCGGUGGAGGGAGACCGCAACACUAUACAGCGGGCAUCUGGUGGCUGGCGAUGGCCGUGGCAGGAGUUAAGUCCGCCUACAUUCGUGUUUAUGUUCCUGUGGCCAUUCAUCGCCUUCAGAAUUGCGAACAGGAUGCGACGCAAUAGGACAACAUAACGCCGUUGAGAACUAACGAAUUCAGAAGGGGAGCUCGUGACAAAACAACGGAUACCUAAUAUUCGGAACAUUUUAUUUAUAAUACCCAUAGGCAUAGAAAAUGGACCAACCUUUCGCUGACCAAAUGUAAAGUAAAACAAAAGUAUGUAUGUGAGAGACAAGAGGUCGUGCGGUUAAUAAAAUUAUGUAUGAGAGAGGCAAGAGGUCGUGCGGAUAAUAAAAUUAUAUAUGAGGGACAAGAGGUCGUGCGGUUAAUAAAUUUCUGUAUGAGAG